GAACAGUUCAACACCAAUUGCACAUUUAACAAUAUAUUCAUAAGUCAGGACUUUGAGCCAAUACUCACCAACUUUUUUUUUUUUUUUUUUUUUUUAUGUUCUGCUUCUUUCUUACCACUAUUUUUAUUUUUCGCUAAGUUAGAAAAAAUAUCAAGUUUAUUUCACAGAUAUUGACAAGCACUUUGAACACGAUAUAAAUCCGUGCAUAGAACCACUUCGCCCGGGAGGACGUCCUCGCAAAAGUCGCAUAGUUUGAAUCUUCGCCCACCAUGGCGCAACUCUUCCUUGACCUCGUAUAUUCGUUCGGCAACUGCCUAAAUUGCUUCCCCGGAUCGCCGACCCUUAAGAUUAACAGCCGGUCGUUCAAGAUACUACGCCUGCUAGGCGAAGGCGGCUUCAGCUACGUCUAUCUCGUGCAAGACACGGCGACGGCGGAGCUCUUCGCGCUCAAGAAGAUCCGAUGUCCGUUCGGCGCCGAGUCGGUCCAGCAAGCGAUGCGAGAGGUCGAGGCCUACAAGACGUUUUCCCACACGCCUAACAUCAUCCACAGCGUCGAUUAUUCCAUCGCGAACGAGCGGAACGACGCGGACGCCAAGACGGUAUACGUGCUGCUGCCGUAUUACAGACGGGGAAACCUACAAGAUAUUAUCAAUGCAAACCUAGUAAACCACACCAGGUUCCCCGAGAAGGAACUCAUGCGCCUAUUCCUGGGCGUGUGCCAAGCUCUCAGAGACAUGCACCAAUACCGGGGGCCGGCAGGCGGGGAACGCAUGGUGGCCGGCAACGAUCAAGCCGGCGAAGAAGACGGAGGGGGCCGAAAAGGGAAGGGAAGGCGAAAUAAGGCUGUUGCGGCGGCGGAUGUGGAUGAUGAGACGGAGCAGGCACGGCCGUUAAUGGUAAACGAAGAGACAGUAGCGCCUGGUGAGCGGAGAUCUUAUGCGCAUAGAGAUAUCAAGCCAGGUAACAUCAUGAUUGACGACUCGGGCUCGCAACCUAUCAUCAUGGAUCUGGGCUCUAUAUCGGAAUCGCCAAUACCUAUCACGUCGCGCUCGCUUGCUAUCGCUCAACAGGACAUAGCCGCGGAGCACAGCACGAUGCCUUACCGAGCACCUGAACUCUUCGAUGUGAAGACAGGGACGGUUAUCGACACCAAAGUUGAUAUUUGGUCGCUAGGUUGCACCUUGUACGCAUGUUUAGUAGGCAAAUCGCCCUUCGAGAUGCGCAGCGACGAGACAGGCGGUAGCCUUAGCAUGUGCGUGCUAGGAGGCGAUUGGCGAUUCCCAGACGAAGGUCCAAAGGGCCAGAAGAAAGUAAAAGCGUCGACUAGCACGGGCCUCGAGGAGGGCGUUAUCAGCGAACCGAUUAAGGAAGUCGUAAGGAAAUGCUUGAAAGUCGAGCCGAGCGAACGACCGGAUAUCGAGGAGUUAAUAAGUAUAGUGGAAGAAGUUAUUGACGAGCUACCUGAGGAUGAUGCAUAGAUGAUGAGAUAACGAGGUUUGAGGGGGGUAGGCUUUUCAGUUUUGUGUAUAUUGUAUAACUAUUAACCUUCUAUGUUAGGUGACCAGGGACAGGUCAUGGUUUUUUUUAUUAUGAUAUUAACGGCGCUGCUUCGAGAGCGAAUAGGUUUACGCGGGUAUACCCUCGACUUUAUCACUUUUUAUCAAUUUUACUUGGUUGGAAAUUGGAGUAAGGGGCUCUUUUGCCUUUGGCCUCUGAGCUUAAAAGAGACUCUCAGAGGAAUGACAUGGCAUCCAUUAUUUUGGUGCAUGUUUAUUCUCCCUUGUCAUAAUCAACAGCCGA